AUGAUUGGCGAAAAAAAUUUUGUUCACAUUCGCGAUGGCCUCUUCGACACUUGUCCACCCUAUAAUUUCACUUUCAACGAUCCGCGAAUAUUAGAGAAAUUGGGAGACGGAGAAGUGAAAAAUUGCACAAAAAUCGAAUUCCUAACAAUAUUCGAGAACGGUCGAUUGAGAAUAAAUCAAAAUUUUCCCAAUUAUAAAGAUUUCUCUUGUGCAGGCAGAUGCGCUUUCUUUUACAAGAACUACGAGAAUCGAGUCGGCGAAUGGUGUGAAACGUUGCAAAAGAAUUGCACUUAUGAAUGCGAUGUGAUUGAAGUGAAUUGCAUGAGAGAUGGGAAAUUGGAGUAUAUCUUUGCGCACUCGCAAAUCUUUGAGUACAACCGCGAUCGAAAGCAAGUCUUCGGCUCACUUUAUCGCGAGACUUCAUCUCCAAAAGUUAAAGCUGAUAGAUUCCAUCCAGAUGUUCACAUAAUGUUGAUCGAUUCGAUGGGAUUGUUUUCUGUGUUGAGACAAAUGCCGGAGACAGUUAGAUUUCUGAGGGAAGAGCUCGACGCGGUGAUAUUCGAGCAGUAUACACGAACCGCGCCGAACAGUCGAGAUAAUAUGUUCGCAGGGAUGUUUGGUGAGAUCCCAAUCGAUGUGGAUCGUCGCCUUUACGAAGCGAAGAAUCUCCCGAAAACUCUUCAAGGGGACACGUGUGAGAAACCGGUUGAUGACAAAAAUUUCAUUCAAUUCGAGUAUGAAGAUGCUGGCUAUAAAACAAUGUACGCACAGGACAACUAUUUAGUGACUUUCGGCUAUCUUCAGUGUCUUGGAGUGAUCAACCAAAUAGCCACACAUUACAUGAGACCCUUUCAACUCAUCGAAAUGAUUAACAACGAUGUGUGGAGUAAUAAACCAAUCGGGAAUCGUUCCUUUGAAAAUGAUAAUCUCUUGGAGAAAUACUUGAGAAAUUCGUCACUUUGUCAAGACCCAUACAAUCAUGCAUUAGACUAUACAGCUAAAUUCUACAAUUCAUACAAAGAUAAACCAAAGAUGUCAAUAAUGUGGAGCUCGUUGGCGCAUCAUGACGAGUUGCCCGCUCGGCAAGCUGAUCGCCAUUUUGUUGAUUUCUUUUUAGAACACAAAGAAAAGUUAGAUGAAUCAUUUUUCAUCUUCAUGAGCGAUCAUGGUCAACGCUUUAAUGCGAUCGCCGACACAGAGCAGGGUUUAUACGAGAUGAACAAUGCGGCAAUGUUUUUUCUCGUUUCCGAAAAAGUUACGCUUCAACCGUCGUCGAAUUUUUCGGAAACCAAACACCAACACAUUGAAAAGACUUUUGGGACUUCUUGGCUUCGAGAAAUGCCGCCAAACAUGUCGAGGGGAUGUCGAAAUUUGCCGAUUUCAAGUCAAUAUUGCACUUGCAACUACGGAACAACGCUGCUCAAAGAGCACGACAAAGUUUGGGAUCGGAUUCAUUGGAUUCUCGAUGAUGAUAUGAAUGCCUAUUUGAAAGAGGGAGGGUUGGAGAAAGUUUGUGAGAAAAUGAAAGUCAUGAAGUUGACCGAAAUCUACAAAAUGAGCUCAAUGGGCAGCUCGUCUUUCUAUCGGGUUCUCUUCGAGAGUGUUACCGGCGGGAUUUUCGUGGUUCAAUACGAGUUGACGAAAGACGAUGUGCUGAGGCCGUCACCGCGUGAGUGGAAACGUGUGAAUGCCUACGGAACAGCGGCUGAUUGUCUCCACUCGAAGUAUGCUGAGUAUAAGCCGAUGUGCUAUUGCUCG